AUGUUAAGUAUUGGCAAAAAUAAUAUUCGUGGAAAGUUAAGUUCCUUGCGAUAUUGGACUAAUUUAAAAAGGCUAGAUUUAAAAGGGAUAAAUGUUUUUGGGUUAGAAUAUAUAUCGCAUAAUCCUUUUGAUGGAGUAAAUGGUGUCGCUGGAAUGUUAGAUCAAGACUAUGUGCCCACAAAUAUAGAACAAUUUAAUAAUAAUACUUGGAGAGGUCCAAGGAAUGAUUUUCGAAAACUUUCUGACAGCGAAGUUUGUAAAACAAUUAAUAGUUUAUGCCAGCAGUUAAAAAAGCAAGAUCAAGAAUUAGAAAAAUUAAAGCUACAAAAUCAAAAAUUAGAAGAAAAGUUAAAGCUGCAAAAUCAAGAAUUAGCAACGUUAAAGCUGCAAAAUCAAGAAUCAGAAGAAAAGUUAAACCGGCAAAAUCAAAAUUUAGAAAAACAGCAAAAUCAAGAAUUAGAAAUGUUAAAGCAGCAAAAUCAAGAAAAGUUAAAGCAGCAAAAUCAAGAAUUAGAAAAGUUAAAGCAGCAAAAUCAAGAAAAUUUAAAGCAGCAAAAUCAACAAUUAGAAAAGUUAAAGCAGCAAAAUCAAGAAUUAGAAAAGUUAAAGCAGCAACUUGAAGCGUUUUCUAACCUACUUUCUCCCAGCCAAUCUUAUAAUUUUACUCAGAUUAAACAAGAAAUUACUCGUCUUAAAUGGCAAGAAUUAGCACCGCAAGUUAGAAAAAAAGACGAACAAUUAAAGCAACUAGUCAUCGACGCUAAAGCUAAAACUGAUAAUCUAGGAAAUAUAAUCGACCUACUCCUAGAAACUCAAAGGCAAAUUACAAAAACUAGACCAGAAAGUAAUGAAUAUUUUCAAACGAAGGGACAAUUAAAUGCCUUUCAAAAUGUUUUGGAAAACAAUUUUACCAAGGAAGAAUUACAUAAUCUUCUUAAUAAGCAAAUAGAGCUUGUUCAAUUAGAGAAUCUUUUAGCUAGUUUACAAAUUAAUAAUUCUUAA